AUGGCACCCGGCACACCCAGUGCAUCUGAGGCCAUACAGCAGCAACCUGAAGCUCUUCGUGUCUAUGUCGAGGAUGAGAACCUUAUGGGGGAUGGCACUUUGUCAAUGCUGGCCGUGCCCGUCCCAGGCUCCAGCACCUUUACCAGUGGACCGGUCAUCAGCGGCACGCCGACGAACACAGACGUGAGCUUCGACUACACGGUGGCCCACGAUGCCGGCGCCACGAUCGGCUUGAUCUGGGCCUCCGUCGGCACGCCUGCGGCUGCUGCAGCCCUGGACCUCGUCUCUGUGAAGAUCGCGACGGGGAUGAUCUGCGGCAUCUCCGGCAAGGCCAUAUCCACCGGCGCACUCUCGGAGACUCUCACAGGGGCCGAAGGCUGCAGCCUGGAGCGGGGCGUCGAGUAUCAUCUGGUGGUCUACGUCGAGUCCUCCGGGAACACGGGAACUCUGGGGGCGCCGGUGCCCUUCACCGUGCCGACCUCCAACAGCUUCUCCUCCGAUCUGCAGGCUUCGAACGCGACUUCGGAAGGUGUGGACAUCCAUUUCACCGCGCAGCAGAGCGGGAAAGCCUGGGGCGUCGUGGUCGAACAAGCGAACGUGGCCUCGGUGAAUGUGGGGACCAUCAAAGCUGGCACAGGUGCCUACGGUGGCGUCUGCUUGGUGGCGGACCAGGCGAUCACCGCAGGGGCAAUGGAGACCAUGUCGUUCACCGGCUGCUCCCUGGUCAUGGCCACAACCUACAAAGCCUUCGUCUACGUGGAGGAUGGCAAUGGCCUGGGCGACGGCACCCUCUCCGGGGCCGUGGAUGUGGUGCUUCCCGCGUCCAACGUGUUCCAGAUCAUGCCGUAUGAGCUGAGGACGCCCUUCCCGUCGAGCAUCAGCUACUCCUUUGCCCCAGCCUAUGACGGAAAAGUCUGGGCGAUCCUCACCCUGAGCACUGACUCCCGCACGCCUGCGGAGAUCAAGGCCCUGCACAUGGCCUCUGGGGGCGCCACUUGCAACGUGCAGGGUGCGGACGUCUUCCAAGGGAUGGACUUCGAGAUCGGCAACUUCACGGCCACGCCACCGGGCUGCGUGCUCACGGCGGGGCAGAGCUACAAGCUGCACGUCUACGUGGAGGAUGACAGGGGCAACAACGACGGCACCGUGGCCAUGGUCACGGCCAACGUGGCAGCGGCCACCGUCCCAAACUCCUUCCAGGAGAGCCCCAAGCUUGUCUCGGCGCUCACGGGUGGCGGCUUCGAUGUGACUUAUCGCCUCGCCGUUGCUGGCCGGUUCCACGCCAUUGUCACUGCGCAAGGGGCGAUGGUCAGUGUGGCCUCCUUGCUGGCGGGCACGGAUGCCGUGGGCGACACCACCUGCAGCUUCCUGCCAGAAGUUGGCGUCGUGGUGGCGGCAACGACGCUGCAGGCUCGACCGGGUGACCGGGUGCAGGGAGGGAAGGAGGCGAUAGGAGCCAUGUCGCAGAAGGAUGCGCAAGUGCAGAAGGCCAAGGCACUCCACGAUGCCAUCCGGCAGAUGACGGAGCAGACGGAGACUUUGGAGGCUGAGCUUUCCAAGCUCGCCGCGGAGAAGGGCCAAGUGGAGGCGGACCUGGCGGCCUCGGCGAGCCGUGCCCGGGAGCUCCAGGCACAGCUUCCCCAGAAGGCCAUGGAGCUGAAGCAGCUCGAGGCUCUGGAGCAACAGAAGGAGGCCGAGUACAUGAAGCCGCGUGAAGCGCCCUUUGCCCUCCGAUGGAUGAGCCUUCUCACCGAGCCCGAAGAGCAUCCCGGAACCGACUACGAGCUCUGGGCGUACGCGGAUGACAUGCCCGGGGGUACCUGGCCCACAGGUGCUGCAGCCACGGACGGCACGCUCUUCGGCCCCAUGCUCCUCAGCAUCCCCCUCUCCAAUCGUCUUGCCGACCCGGCGCAAGUGACCUUCGUCAGUGGCUCCACGGUCACCGUGGAAAUCAACACCACCGCGGCUUUAGGGCAUGCCUGGUUGACGGUGUAUCCAGCAGCCACCGUGGUGGACGUCGCUGCCGCGAGAAACGUGAGCAAUGCGCUUUGCGGCGUGGCUGCCGUCCAGGUCGAUUCAUCAUCCAAUGCAGAGCUGUCGACAACCACGUGCGAGCUGGUUGGAGGUGUGGAAUAUCAGGUUGCAAUCCUCGUGGAGGAUCGCAACGAUCGCAACGACGGAGAGCUGACGGUGCUCUCUGGCUCCGUGGUGGGAGCGAUUCCCGUUUCGAACAGCUUCACGAUGGGACCCCGCAUCUCCAGCUCCAUGACGGCUGCCGGCGUCUGGGUGACGUUUUCGGCACAAGCCGCCGGGAGAGGCAACAUCUACCUGCUGAAGGACACGGCGCCAGCCUUUGUGGACAUCGUGUCGCUGCGGUCCGGGCUUCCAAGCGACCUCAUGUGCAGCAAGAUGAUGAUGGUUUCGGGUGGCGAGCAGAGUGAGGAGCUGUCAAGCUGCGCGCUGACCCACUCUGAGAGCUACAAGGUCUACGUCUACGUCAGCGACUCCAUGGGCGGAACGACGGACGGCACCUUGUCGGCAGGUUUGCCUGCGACCGUCGUUCCGGGCGAGUCCAACUACUUCACACAGGUGCCCCAGCUCUCCGGGGCUCUCACGACCUCGGGCUUCAGCGUCAGCUUCUCUGUGGCAACUGAUGGCGUCGCGUGGGUCAUCGCCAUCCCAGCAGCCGAGGCAGCGUCGGCGACGGCGAUGACCGUGACCAGCGGCUACAGCGCCAUUUGCUCCAGCCUCGGUGUCGCGCUGCCGAGCUCCGGAAGCCACGUGCUCGCCGUCACCGGCUGCAGCUUCAUUGCCAGUUGGAGCUACGCCGUUCUCGUGUACGUGACAAACCAGGCCGCGGGCCACGAUGGCGCUCUCUCUCCUCCGGUGCCGCUUCAAAUAACGCCCUCCAACGACUUCGCCGUGCUGCCCUACUUGACCGAGGUGCCCACGCCGGACAUAGUGAAAGCCAGCUUUAUGGGCACGGCCUCCACAGGCCGGGCCUGGGCUUGUCUGGUGCGGGCCGAGAACGCCAGCGACCUGACCGUGCAAGACGUGAAGAGUGGUUGCAGUGGCUGCUCCUCCGGUGAGGCGAUGCUGAGCAACUCAGAAGAGUUGGAGAUCAACAUGACCGGAUGCGGCCUGGAAGUGGGUGUGGAGCAUCGCCUGGUUGCUUAUGCAGAGGACAACAACUAUGCUGGAGACGGCUACAUGACAAUGAACCUGGCGGUGAGAGUCCCCACGUCCAACGCCUUCGUGUCGCCUGCCAAAAUCGUAGAUGACAUGGUCACACCUUACGGCUGCACAGUGGAGUACGAGGUGGCUAAUGCCAUGGGCAAGGUCUGGGGCCGGGUGGUGAAUGCCGGGCACGCGAGUCUCGUGACAAUGAACGUCAUCAAGAACAACAACCCCGCCAUCUCUAUUGGAGCUGGUCCCUGUCACCUGGUCGACGAGACGAAGGCUCGCGGCAAGCACACGAUCACCUUCGACUCGUGCAACCUUACCAAAGGCGCCACCUACCAGAUCUACCUCUAUGCAGAAGACAUGUCCGACGGCGGUGACGGGAUGUUGAGCGAGGCCAUCACCUUCAGCGUACCGCCCUCAAACUGGCUUCACCAGUCGUUGGAGUUGACGAGCACGCCCACAGCCGCGACCUCGGGCUGUGAGAUCUGGGAGCAAUCGUGGACUCUGCCUGCUUCCAGAAUGAACCUGUCGCCCGAGCUCAGCAUUGCUCUUCAGCGCAUAACAGCCUGCAACAGAAGCGAGCGCUUGCUAAUGGUAGUUCGCGACGAUUUGUUCAAAAGCUUGCAAGCGGGACAGAUUGCAGUGGCCUAUGCACACGAAGCGUGGAUGCAGCUUGAGCAGCUGGGUGCGGACGUAAUGUCGAUCGGCAGGUUGGUGGGUUUCGUGGACAGGGACAAGCUGCACAAGGCUUUCAAGGACUCCAAGCUGCUGAUGCGAGACAGGGUUGUGUGGCAAGCUAUGGGUCGUUUCCGCACGAUUCUGGACACGCAAGUGAUCAUGGACUACCUUGCGGUCAUCGUCAACAGCGACAACACACGGCUAAGUCAGCUUCGGAAUGCCUAUUACAAGGUGCAGUCCGAUGUCGUCGCGGCCAUGAUGGAGAACUACCCAAGCUGGGAGAAGUUCGCUCGCAAUGUGUGUGGCAAUGUGGAAGAUGACGACAUGCAGGUGGUCCUCAUGAACCUGGGCCUUUUCGUGGACCUCAGCGCGCAGAACUACUACCCGAGCUUGAUGGAAGUGCCCUACAUCGUCAGCGAUGCUCUUUCCAAGACGCGGCCACCCUCGCAGACGCAGUUGCCAGGCGGCACCACCUCCGGCCCAAAGAUACCGUCUGACGCCGUCAACCUGCAGGAGUCUUUGGCUGAGCUUGGGCGUGUCUUGGCCUAUGCGGACUUCGUGGACCCAGUGCACGAGGCCCUGAAGCUGAGCAACAAAUCCAGCCUCGUUGCCAUCCAACAUUCGAUUGCAGCCUGGGCCCGUCUACGCAACGACAUCGAUGGCAGUGGAGUCUUGUCUUGCGACGACGGGGCCCGUAAGUUCCGCAAGCUCGAUUCCCUCCUCCAGGAAGAGAUCCUCCACACCUGCUACGCGUUCCUCGGGAAGGACGGUGCUGCAGACUUUGGCCUCGUGGAUCAAGUCAUUCGUGAACAAUGCGAGUCGAAGAAAGACAUGCCGCAACUGAACAUCGAGGCCCUCCUGACCAAGCUGCAUACGACACAUUCGCACCUUCAGAAGGCAGUCCUUACAGAGUUGACAUGCUCAGAGAAUACCGACGGCGUCUCGUUCUCCUUCGCGGGAGGAGUCGCUGUGGGAAGAGCAUGGGCACAAAUCCUGCUGACGAAAGAUGUGGCACUUGCCACUGCCGCCGACAUCAAGGCAGGCACCUAUGCCAUGGGAGUCGGUAGCUGCCGGCAGGACGAUGUAAAUGUCGGGAUGAGCGCCCUGUUCUGGACACUGUCCGGAUGCAGCUUAACAGCACUGGUCGACUACAGUGUGGUGCUCUACAUCGAGGACAUGGCGGGGAUGGACGACGGCCAGUUGUCGAGUGUUCAGCUGAUCGUGCCCUCGAGCGUGAGCAACUACUUCGUGGAGACCCCGUCCGUUCUCGGAAAUGUCACCUCGGAUGGAGUGACGCUGAGCUUCAACGCCCACGCUGCCAGUGGCAUGGCUUGGGGCUUCGUUCUGGAGGUGGGCUCCGCCAGCAUCGCCUCGAGCACAGAGGCCAAGCUGGCGCAGAACUCCGUCGGCGGAGCUGGCUGCAAGCCGUUGGAAGUACCCAUCGACAACACAAGGCAGAGCAUGCUCUUCACGGACUGCGACCUGGUGCCAGGACAGACGUACCGCGCGGUCGUCUACGUAGAGGCCACGGCGACCUCGGUAAGCGCAGUGGAUGGUGUGUGGCAAGGCGUGGACCUCACGGUUCCCCUGCUCGAGGCACUGGAGGACCCUUUGGCACGGCAGUUCCAAGACUUGCAGGUGCAGUCGGGCCAAGACUACGUCUACCACGUCAGGGCCGUGAACUUCAUCGGCGUAGGGCAGCCAUCCCCGGCAUCGGCAGAGAUCCGAGCCGGCAAUGCUCCAGCCGCCCCCGGGCUGCCUAUCAUCGCCACGAGGGCGCUGACCUCCCUCACCGUUCAGUGGGCUCCACCUUCGGCUCUCGGUUCGCAGAUCCUGAGCUACCGGCUCUUCAUGUCCGGUCCGCUCGACGGCGGCGUCUACCAGGAGGUCUACAACGGCCCGGACACCGCCUACACCAAGGCGAUGCUCACCACGGGCACGGUCUACUUCUUCCGCGUCUCCGCCGUGAACCACAACGGCGAGGGCUGGCGCAGCGCCGCGAGGGAGGCGGCGGCCUGCGUGCUGCCGUCGAUGCCGAGCAACUUCACCGUGAAGUCGCGGAGCACGCUGGGCGUGACCGUGGAGUGGUCGGCGCCCAUCGCAGACGGCGGCUGCCCCAUCCUCUCCUACGUCGUCACCCAGGUGCCUGCUCUUUACGUUGGGGGCGGCAGUUGCUCUCAGUCCUUUGCAUUCCCAGACGAAGAUCCGGUCUUGCAGGAUGGUGUCCUGGCGGCGACGCAGACACACAGCGAGCAGUGGACCCAGAGUCCCAGUUCUCCACCUUGGGCUUUGGCUGUGGCGCUGUUCACCUGUCGCUUUGAGGUACUCUUUGCCUGUGGUCGUGCCGGCGCAGGAGCUGCAAGUGCUGAGAGGGUCGAGUGGCAAUAUGCAAACUUCUUCCUUACCGUCUCAUGGACAGUUUGCCCGUGGGCGCUGCUGCUGCGCGGCCACGCCGGCCGAAAGCGUGGUGCCUUUGCAGACACGCGCGGCGUCGGCCGGCCGUUUGCUUCGAAGCCUCUGGGCAUUGCGAUGCAUCGCGCCUUGGCUGCAGGCACCUGGCAGGGUUUGAUGGAGGAGCUCGCCAGGCGGGGGAUUCGGACCCUGGCCGUCGAUUUGCGAGGCCACGGUGAGUCGCCCUUGGGAGACCCCAAGGAUUUCUCCCCGCAGCAGUUGGCGGCCGACGUGCGCGCCACCCUGAAGGCAGCCGGCGUGCUGGAAGUCCCUGUAGUGCUUGUGGGGCACAGCAUGGGCGGUCGGAUCGCAAUGCAGUAUGCGGCGGACUAUCCCGAAGACCUGUCCGUUCUGGUGAUCGAAGAUAUGGACUGUGCUCGUCGCAUCUAUCCCAAACUGGAAGGGGAGGAGUUGGAGAAGAGGCAGACUUUCUCCCGUGACUUCCCAUCUUGGGAGGAGGCCAAGAAGCAGUUGAUGUCCUUCGGCUAUGACGAGGAGCGUGUGGAGAGCUGGUGGACCAGCUCCACCCCUCGUGUCUACACUCAGCCAGGAACGAAGGGCGUCUGGAGCUGCAUCAAUCCCCACGCCCAGUAUCUCGCGAGGCAGACCGUCCUCAAUUCCGAGCAAGGUUACGAGUGCUGGCAGAAGAUCGCAGCGCUGACGCAGUCCGGGGUGGCGACAUUCCCGGUCCACGUCUGCGUGGCAGGCCCCUCCGGAACGGUCUGCAAAUGGGAGGCGCUGCCAGGCGGCUUGCACGACAUGGGCUCCGUCCUUCCGGCUCUCCAGCUCCACGAGUUCCCGACGGCGGACCACUCGAUUCACAACACGGCAUUGCAGAGCUUGGCAGACUUCUUGGAGAAGUGGCAGAAGCAGCCUGCAGACGCGGACGAUUGA